UUAUAGGCCACAAGAAAGAACAUAUGUUAAAAGCAUAUAGACACAUUUAACUUCAAGAUGUCACACUAGUAUUUUACUAGGAUAACUAGCUUGGACCCAAUUUUCAGUUUCAUAUCCUAGGAGGAAAUGGCUGCCUCAGAUCAAACACUUGUUUGUGUGAAACAAGUGAAGCAAGAGGUAGCUGAUGAAUGGGAUGAGAGCAUGCCAUUACCAGGAGACAUCCUUGAAGGAUUCUCUGAACAUGAUGUCGACGACGCUGAUAAAUCCUUUGUAUCGGUCAAGACCAAUUCUGAGUUUAGUUCUCAGCUUGGCAAGAUCAACCGACGUGUGGAGUCUAUAUGGAUACAGGUUAGAAGAGGCGAUGGUUUGCUGAAACUGCAGACAUGUAUCGUGCAACAGAAAGUCUCCGUUCUUAGAAGGAAGUAUACUAUCCAAGCCACAACAGAUCAUAGGCAUAUUGCAGAUUUAGCAGAUCUAACAUUAAAGCAGUGUAUUGAACUUCAGGUAAUGACAAGAAGAGUAAUGCACAUACAAGCAAGACGAUUCCAUGAAGAUGCGAUAAAAUAUGACUGGAAGAUGAAAGUAGGUUCCUAUCUGCCUCACCAAAGUUCUUCAGUUGUAAGCUCUAUUCUAUUCAUGCCACUGGUCAGUGAGAACUGCAUCAAUACCACCACAGCUAGGUGCAUGACCUGGUUUAGUGCAGCAAUUUCCUCAGGUGUCCCUCUUGUUUUUGUAAAUGUCCAAACUGAACUUAUUCCAACCACAUUGGAAAAGAGUAGUCUCUCUAGCAACCAACAAAUCCAUUUCACAAACCAAAUAAUUCAUGGUAUAAGAUUAUGGUUUCUACCUGGACUAGAAGAAAUUCCAAUAGAAUUGAUCCCUCAACCCGACGAAGCACGCUUCGGAAUGGAAAUCAAACGAACAGAAGAGGGCUUUGUGUGCAUCUAUUCAGUGAUGAAGGACACGUCAGCGGAUCGUGGUGGAUUAAGAGAGCUCCAUGAAGAAGCAACUGCAAACGGGUUCCUUCUCGUGAUUUCGCGGUUGGAUGACAAGAACACUAUACCGACGAGUGUUUGUUCGGACGGUCUUGUACAUUGUUGUGAUCAUGCUGAAAUUAAGGAUCUUCUCAUUUCUGCAAUAGACCAAUAUGAGACGAUUCAACUUCAUGUCAUGGCUUGGCCAAACCAAACUCGUCCUUCUCCGACUCAUGCUGUUGGGUUUGCUGGCCUUUUACCGCCAGAAAGAUCGUUUUCCAGCCAUCAAUUUGAUUAAAGGGCAAAGACCAAAUAGUUAUAAAAUGUUUUGGUAAACAAGUAGGCCAUUAUAAGAAAUUGCUUGAAAUGAAACUAGGAAUGAA